AUGAAUUUACUGUGGCAUUUCGUGUGCCUUGCACUUUGUGUGGAAUGCACUUUUGCACGUCCUCCUCGAGAGAAAGUCGAAAUAGCAGAAGCGUUCGUGUCAGCAGAAGAUGACGAGUUGUAUGAGAAAGUGAAAAACGCUGAAUGGGAGGUUAAAACGGAACGAGAACUCAGCAUGGGACUUUUCGACAUUUUCAGAAGAAGUUCACGACAACGACGAAGUUACGAUCUGCACGACUGGAUGACAGCUGAACAAAAAGAUGAGAUUCGUAAUAUGGAAAGAACGAAGAUUGCACCAGAGGCUAUCAGAGAUAAAAUACUGGUGUUUUAUGAGGAACUCUCUCCUGAAACUAAGAACGAAUGGGAUAAGAAAUAUAAGGAUCACUGCGGGGAAUGGGUCAAAUCGGUUGCGAGUGAGGAUGAGAUAGCUGAACUGAAGGAGCUG